GAUAAUUGUAAACAUUUCAUACCUGUGGACUAGAAUCAUCAAGUCUGGAUUCCAUGUCUUUUCUUGUAAGUAAACCAGAACAAAUUAGGCGGUGGGUGUCCGAGAAGUUCAUCGUUGACGGCUUGAGAGAGUUGGAACUACUUGGAGAGCAGCCUCCAGGUGACUCUCGGAGAAAAACUAAUGAAGCAAGCUCUGAGUCAAUAGCACAUUUGCCCAAAAGGGACAUCAUGAACAGUUAUUUGCCAGACAGCAGUCUCUACGAGUUACUGACUGUAAUAGGGAAGGGCUUUGAGGAUCUAAUGACUGUGAAUCUAGCGCGUUAUAAACCUACGGGAGAGUUUGUCACUGUUCGGAGGAUCAACUUAGAGGCCUGUACCAAUGAAAUGGUGGCAUUUUUGCAGGAUGAACUUCAUGUCUCAAAGUUCUUCAGUAACCCCAAUCUUGUGCCAUAUAAGGCGGCCUUUGUAGUCAGCAAUGAACUUUGGGUUGUGACCUCUUUCAUGGCUUACGGUUCUGCUAAAGAUUUAAUCUGUACCCAUUUUACGGAUGGGAUGAGUGAACUAGCGAUGGCUUAUAUACUGCAAGGUGUAUUGAAGGCUCUUGAUUAUGUUCACCACAUGGGAUACGUUCACAGGAGUGUGAAGGCCAGUCAUGUCCUGAUUUCUGCAGAUGGAAAGGUGUACCUCUCUGGCCUGCGCAGUAAUCUCAGCAUGAUCAGACAUGGUCAGCGCCUCAAAGUAGUUCACGAUUUCCCCAAGUUCAGCAUAAAGGUCUUACCGUGGCUGAGCCCAGAGGUUUUGCAGCAGAAUCUUCAUGGCUAUGAUGCAAAAUCCGAUAUCUACAGUGUAGGAAUAACCGCCUGUGAGCUGGCGAACGGCCACGUCCCCUUCAAGGAUAUGCCUGUGACUCAGAUGCUUUUGGAGAAGCUAAAUGGCACAGUCCCUUGUCUUCUGGACACCACCACUAUCCCCCCAGAGGAGCUGAUGACAAAACCAUUACGAUCGGGAGCCAGCAUGGGGUUUGGGGAGAAUAUGGCAGCUAGCAACACCAGGGCCUCCAAUGGCGAGGCAGCUCCGCAUCCGUAUCUCCGUACUUUCUCACCCAGCUUCCAUCACUUCGUAGAACAAUGCCUUCAUAGGAACCCAGAACUGAGACCAAGCGCGAGUGCCCUGCUCAACCAUUCCUUUUUCAAACAGAUCAAACGCCGUCCAUCUGAAGCGCUCCCUGAAUUGUUGCACCCUGUCACACCAAUGACUAAUUUUGAAGGCCUGCAAGCACAAGAUCCAAACAGUAUUUGUGGGAUGGAAUCCAAUUUGGAGGAGCUCACUCUGGAUGACUGGGAGUUCUAGGUCCCCAAAGAAAGGAAACAUCAGAGUUGGAAGCUUUCUGCAGACUUGGUUAAUUUAUUUAACCUCUUCCUUUUUCACACAACAGCGAUGAAUGUCACAUUGCAGAAGUUUACACAUCUUAAGGUGAUCCAGACAUCCUUGGUAUUGGAUCAGAGUCAGAAAGCAGAUUGGCACCUGCAGGUAGGCAGGGCAGGAAGGAAAAGGAUGCACAGAGAGAUGGUGCUGGAGAUUCUUUUCUGCAGAGUAGUGCAGAUUA